UACGCCCCCUCCGUCCUUUAGCUGAAACCAAAAUAUCCACUUGACCGGCCGCCGAGACAAGGAUUCUACGACAAGGCUUGGAGGGGUGAGGGAAAAAAACGCAUUGCGGUGUGAGCGAGGGAGGGGAAUGGCUGCCUCUCUGAUAAGCGAUGGGUCUCCAUCAAUCAAAUCUACAAGAGUACAACAAGAUGAAACAGAUGGGAAGAAGGGAAAGAGUGUGUGGUGAGCGAUAAAAAAAAGAGGGAGGGGGGGGUACGGAUGUGAUGAGAAAUAUGACAUUCCGAGGUUACGAGUACCAAGUACUCAGGGGGUGCAAGAUGGAGAUUUAUCUAUCAACCGGUGCCGUCGCGAGUUGUGGUCCUACUGGCCUGGGCGUCAGGUUGGGUGCUGCAACCAUCCUCGAGCCCACACCAGAGCCCAAGUUGGGCAGCAAUGCAUGGCUGCCCGAACUUCCGAAAGUACGGUCAAGGUCUGGAUUGUAGUCGAGGGAAAGUACGGAAGUACAGAGAAGCACUGUGUUCUGUAUACAGUCUAAGGAGACCGAAGAAUCAUGUUCCUAAUUAUCAGACUGGAGACACGUUAAUUAGUCUGGACGGUCUCGAGCAACGUAGACAGAGUGAAAGUAAGAAAACAGCAGAAAACGGCCAAAUCAGAUAGGGGUGAAAGAUGGUAGAAGGUUGUCGUUCAGCGAUCUGGUAGAUCUCAGUUGAACUAUGCUUAUGGUAAUGGUGAUCAUCAUAGAAACAGGCCGACAGUCCGUCCCUGGGGGACGCGGUGUAUGACAGACAAGACGAAAAGAAAAUUGUAAGUGGCUUACCUUGUCCCGUUCUCUGCGGCCUGACCAGCAAGGCGCUGGCUCUGCCGUAAUCCCCCAACAGCGUCUUUACCCGACCUGCUUCGUUGAAGGGAA